AUGACCUCAACCACGGGAACGAACGGCACCAACAGCACGACAGCCACCGACGCCCCCAGCACUCCCAGCAGUGCCACGCUGACGCCAGAGACGUCCGCUGCAGACCUGCUCCUGGCAUCCAGCCCCACCUCCCUGGGGCUCAGCAGCAAGCAGACAAGUCCGCAGCCCAGCCAAUACCCCACGCAGCCGCCGGGCACCUCCUCGGGGCCAGAGCACAGGAGCCCAGGGGUCCCCACAACUGAGAGCCCAGCACCUCAACCCAGCACAACAGCAGAAACCCCGGAGUCCACGCCAGCUCUGACGAGCUCUCCGACCACCUCAGAGCAUCCUGGCGACACAGCUGCCACCACCGCGCCACUGCACGUAGGCAGGGACAGCCCGAAGCCCAUCACGUGCCACAGCGUCAAAGACGUGAGUGACGCUGAAGCCAUCUGCUUGCAGCUCAACGAGUCCUACACUUGCAAACAUUUUUUAGAGACGAAGGGAUCGGACUUAUGGAGUGCAAUAUGUGAAGAGAGCGCCCACCGCACUCCCUCCUCCUGCGAGAUUAAGCUCGCCAAAUCCGAGGUGGACCGUGACUGUAUGCUGCUCAUCCUCGUCGGUGACAGAGGUCCUGCUACAGCUGUUCUCCAGAAGUCUCACUGGGAAAAGUUUGGAAUAAAAUCCCUUAAAGAGGGGAGUGUGAGGAACCACCGGGACUUUUCUCAGAAGACCCUGAUCGCCUUGGUCACAUCUGGACUCAUGCUGGCGUUCCUGGGCUUGGCUGGAUAUUUCCUGAUGAAGCGGCGGAGCUGGAGCCCGGCGGGCGAGAGGCUG